AUGGCCGGGCGAGGGUUGUGGCAGGGGUUGAAGCUCGUUGGCUGUGCUGUGUGGCUGCGCCGGGGGGUCCCACGCGACAAAGAGCCCGUCGUCUUGAUUGCCUGUGGGUCCUUUUCUCCUGUGACUCUGAUGCAUUUGCGGCUGCUUGAGGAUGCCCGUGACACAUUGCAUGCCCAAGGACAUCGGCAUGUCAUCGGCGGCUAUCUGUCCCCCACGCAUGACAAGUACGGCAAGAAGACCCUGGCUUUGGGCCACCAUCGUCUCAACAUGACGGCGCUGGCGGUCGAGGAUUCUGAAUGGCUCAAUGUCGACGUUUGGGAGAAUGCACAGUCAGGGUGGACGCCGACGGCAUUGGUCCUGGAUCGCUUUGAGCGGGCUCUGCAGGCGGUGGCUUUGACCGAUGAGCACGGCGACCCGCAUCCCAAGCCCAUCAAGGUGAUGUUAACGUGUGGCGCCGAUCUACUGGAUUCUUUUGAGACCAUCAAGGAAGAUGGCAGCCCUCUCUGGCAGCCGGCACACCAGGACAUCAUUGCCCGCAACGGCAUUGUCUGCCUUGAGCGCCAGGGUACCGACAUUGACGAGGUGAUUGCCCGCCAAGACGUUUUGGCACGGAACCGAGCCAACAUUGUCGUAUUUCCGCCCGCGGUCACCAACUCCAUCAGCUCCACCACGGUGCGCCGGCAACUGGCGCAGGGCCGAUCAGUUCGGUACCUCAUCCCUCGACCAGUGGAAGACUACAUCUACCGCCACCAGCUGCAUCGCCUGCCCAACUGGCAGGCCUAA